AUGACCAAAUUUGGCGAUCAUUAUUUUGCCGACUUUCCCGUAUGUUUCUCCUCGUGUUGUUGUUUUGCUUUGAUCCUUUUUCUUCUGCUACGCAAGGGAAUUUGGAAUCGUGGCUGUCAUUUGAUGAUGUCUUCGCCAAGUCAAGAUCAGGAGAGCGAUGCUUAUGCACUACUGGCCCUAAAAUCAGGCGCUGUUAACCCUGCAAGACAACUGUGGUCCGGUGUCAACACCGUUACUCCUAUAGCUAAACUAGAAGGUCGUGAGUUUGAAUAUUUGGUUCGACAGAGCUUGAUUAUUAUCGGUCGAAACAGCAGUCUUGGCAGCGUGGACGUCAACAUGGGGCAUUCAAGUUUUGUUUCAAGGAAGCACUUGCAGCUGAAAUAUGAAAAUCCAGACUUCUUUCUCAGUUGCAAUGGCAAGAACGGGAUAUUUGUUGACGGUGUUUUCCACAGACGAGGAGCACCUCCGUUGAAAUUGCCUUACGCGUAUGUAUACAAACUGUAAACUUUGUUGAGCAAUAUUUUAUGCAGCCGAUUUUAACUUUAUUCUUUCUCUUACAUGGCAAAGAGUGUUAAUUGUUGAUUUCUUUCAGUUGUGUGCUGCGAUUUCCGUCCACAAAUGUGAAAGUUCGGUUUACGUCUUUGGUAAGUGACAAGACCCCGAAACGUGUUCCAAGUCCGCCAAGAACAAAGCUGCUACCACCGCUCCGAAUAAACAUCCCACAGUCAGAUGCGAACCUCACUUCGCCAGUCCCGUCUCCAACGGGAACCAUAAGGUACUGAAAUGUUCUUGUUGUUUGACGCGAUUUGUCAUUGAACUCAGCUCCCGGGGUCACAGUGAAUUGAGUCAACCGUAAACUUUUCAGAUUUUUUGUUAGCUUAUUUCUAUUUUCAAUAAUUUUACACACGCAUGUUUUGACCUCGCAGGUUCUUUAUUAUUUAACUGUGACCUGGUAUAACCGUGGAAAAACUCUUGUGGUCGCUUAUAUCGAAACUGAUAUAAGCUUACCCUUUGCCGAGUAAACCACUUGUUUAUUUUUAUGCAUGCGUGCAUGUAAAAAAUAGUUUGGGAUAACAGCAGUUUCUUAUUCGCGAUCUUAUUAAGCCUUUUCGCAAAAGCAAUUUCUUUUGAUAUAUUGAAGAAAUUUUGUUGAGACACAAGCAAGAUAAAUUUUAUUUAUUACUGUCACCACGUGUUUAAUUGGGAAAGUUCGAUUCGCUGUCCUCUCUUGUUUCAGAAGCUGGCUACGUGCCUCUGGCUUAUAAAACUCUCUUGCUUUCGUUCAACUCAAUUCCUUCUAUAACUCAAUUUUCUGACGUUUGCUGAAAUAAAAAGUGAUAAUUGUACUUUGCGCUUACUUUGAAGAGAAAUCGCGGAAAAUAUACAGAUUAGCCACUGAUUCCGUGUUUCGCAAUCCGCAUGUUAUGGAAAUUAUUUCCGACCUACGCCAAUUUCAAAUCCAUGGUGUCUUGUUUAGUCUGCGCAUGGCAAUGUUUAUUUUGUUUGGCAGUAAUGGAAAGUUUUUAAGCAAAAUCAAAACAGUUAAAAGGAAAAGAAAUCCUAACCGUUAUACAUAAAAAUACUGGCGACUUUAUUUUGUCGAUUGCCGUGUGGCUUAAAAUUUACCUUUCAAAUAUUCUUCGAGAUUGCUGGCGUUAUUUGUUUACUUGCAAACAAAGAGAUAUAUCUUCUCCCUCUGGCACAAAAUAAUUUUGUACAGAUGUUUUAAAUAGUUUGUACAAUUAUUUCCUUGGCACGCGUUUAAAAAUAACAGUUGAGCCGCGUCUACGUUUGUUUUUAUUUUUGAUCGCUUUGUUUUGUACAAGAUCAGUACAUACAAAAACAGUAGGUCGAUGUUGUUAGUUAAAAUUUCGCCAUUAAAAAACAGCGUGUUUUGACCACUGCUUGAUACUUACGAGUUCAUUUGUGUGAAUAGUUUCAAACAAAUCUUACCUUGCACAGUCAUGUUAUUUCUUCAAAACCUCUAAUAAAAGCAGUGUAAAAAUGUUUGCACAAUACUUAUUGUUUAAUCAGGUGCUAUUAUACAGGGUUGUCAAAAUGAUUUGAAGUAGCCGGAGAAUUAAAGUGAGUAGGCGGCACUGGGGGCCGGAGGCCCCCCAGGAGGCGAGGGGUCUGGAGGCCGCCUAGGCCCCCAGCGGGGUACAGGGGCAGCGCCCCUUGGGGGUCCAGGGGGCGAAGCCCCCGUAAGCAAAACGGAUUUGAGGUUUUCACGCUGGCUGAAAUUGGCUCUCCUGAGAGCAGUGCUAACAAUCCUGAGUAUCUGUUUUUGAAUGAACAUCAUCAAUUAGUUUUUUUUAUUCUCCGUUUCAUUAUUCUCUUAGAUGCCAUAUCCUAGUACAUGUUAGGUCNGUAGUUGAUACCCAUAGGUUAGUUAAAAUUAGCAGGCAUCUUUAUUAUUUUCGUCGUUGUUGUAAUAGAUACAUAUAUUUUUCGUUGUUAUUGUUAUCCUUUUUCCUUUUUAAGUAGAAUUGUAUUUUAUGUUUGUUCUUAAGUAACAUUGUAAAACUUGUCUUUAAUUCAAUAAAAACUGUUAAAAAAAAAACAAAAAAAAACAGUCAUACAGAAUACUAUCAAAAGCCAAAAACGAGGAUAUUCAUGCCAAAUGCUUGGUUACUGUAUAUAUUGGUCUUUCCCUUUGUUAGAAGUAGAAAUGGAAGUUUGAAUGAAUUUGCAACAACUGAAUAGGGGGGGGGGGAUUCCCUUUAAACAGUUUUUCAAAUCAUGGUACACAGAUGGAGGGGCCAAAACAAGGUUUUCUGUGCUGUUUUGCAGACAGACUUAUUCAGAGUUUAGUUUUGUCUGUUGUUAUUCAUUGACUGUUUUCUUUGCAUAUAGUGUACCCAACUCGUGCCCCGCCAGUCCCCGCGGGGAUUCCAAUCACAUUUACGCUCCUAACUUGCAUGCUGUGGCAGAAUUAGCCGCUCAGGACGCCCAAGCUUUAGCCGAGGAGGAAAAACCCAACCUUGGAGGAGGAGAUGGAGGAAACAAGGAUGAUGGAAAGCCACCAUUUUCUUAUGCGCAGUUGAUAGUCCAGGCUAUCCUGUCUGCCCAUGAUAAGCAGCUAACAUUGAGUGGUAUUUACACUCAUAUAACCAAGAACUACCCAUAUUAUCGCAGUGCUGACAAAGGCUGGCAGGUCAGUACUGUGGAUUAAAAAUUUAAUGUUAGGUAAAUAUCCCACUUAAAUUGGUUUACUGCAAAUUAAAGGCUGGUGCACACUUAUGCGCAACUAGCAACAUAUGUAGUUGUAGUAGCUUUCUUAUUAUUAGGGACCUUAAGAUCCAAGGACGGCGACGGCAGCGAAAACAUCGCUUAAAAAGUGAAUUCGCGUUCAUUCAAUCUUCAUUGCGACAGUUCCAACUCACUUACUUUGUCAAAUGUAGGCGAACUCUCCUGGAGCUGCAUUCCUGAAAAACCAUAUCCAAGUUCAGAAAGAGAAAGAAAAUUUCAUAAUAGCUUGUUUACGUCCUCCAUAAAACGUGAAAUUAGGCAUUUUCUCGUCGUAGUUGUGCAGUGAUGGCAGAGAAAUGUACAAAAAAGCAUGAUGCACGUGCAAAGUUGUUGUUUUGCUAAUAUUAACCGAUUGUUUUUUUGAAGUUCCCGUUGCCGUCGCCGUCAUUUGAUCUUAAGGUCCCUAUUAAGGCCUUUUGUGAGGACCAAACUGCCAACUCAUAAUCCUUAAUUUCAGUGAAUGAUGAACCAUGGAAGUUUUUGUCUAUUUGUAGAAUUCCAUUCGUCACAACUUAUCCCUGAACCGUUACUUUGUAAAAGUGCCACGUGCACAGGAUGAACCUGGUAAAGGUUCUUUCUGGCGGAUUGACCCAUCAUGCGAGCAGAAGCUGGCAGAGCAAGCAUUCCGUAAAAGACGCCAAAGAGGAGUGCCCUGUUUUAGGCCACCAUUUUCUCAGUUAUCAUGCAGGUGAGACUAUUGACGAUGUCAUGGUUCAGUUUUUUUGUGUUAACUGGUUAUCAAUGUCUUUGUAAGUCUGUCUGUCAGUCUGUAUCCAUAUGUAAGAGUAUUUCUUUUGUCCUUGUAGCUGACAGCGUUAACACAUGAUCCAUUUCGUCUAUUUCAAAGCAUUUUUCUACGUGAAUGGCACCUUUAGUAACGUGAUUCCAUCAAGAGGUAAUGUUAAACAAAUUACUUUUUUUUUUAACACAGAUCAGCACCUGCCUCGCCAACACAUGGACUUCAGUUCCAUGCUCCCACUGCUCCUAUAGGUCACACACCACAGGAAAAUUCACCUAUUAAAACAGUCGCCCAGACACCAGAUGGGAUCAUAUCUCAAGCCAAACCAACUCCCACAUCGCCUCCAGCCAUCCCACCAGCAGGAUUACCCCCUCCUGUUCCUACAGUACCUCAGGCGGCAGCAGCUAUCGUUAAAUCAGCUGUCUCCUUCCAGUCAAUCGCUGCUGCCCAGAUAGUAGCACCCCCUCUGGCUGUGAGUGUGAUCAAGUCUUCCUUGCCAACGGUUAAGGAAAAUGAGGGGGCUGAUUCGGAGAAAAAUGGUUUUUCUCAGUCGUCUGGAGAGGAGUCACCCAUAGAGAAUGCAACACAGCUGGAAACAAAAUUAGCAGUUACUACCUUACCAUUGGCUGUGCAUUUAGUAAAACAACCGCCUCCUUCACAGGUCAUAUCUGGGACAGCUGUUCAAAGCUCAGGUAAACAUUACAUUACAUCUAAAUCACCACUAAUUGCCCUUGUGAUCCACAUCCUUUUUACUGCGACUAAGCACAGGGCUAAUCCUGUGAAAAGAAAAUUGGGGAAGACAAGUAGAGAAAUGAAGAAGUUUCAAAGACCAUUUUAUUGGGAAAUGACGGGAAGCAUCAAAAGUGCUACCACAAAAUUAAUAUUCUGCUUUGGGACACCCUUCUUUUUGUUUCCUUAAAACCAUGUUAACUAAUAUGACCACCUUGUUAGUACAUGUACAACCAGGUUUUUCAGGCCUGACGUUGGUGAUUAUUAUUAUUGGGUUCAUCUGUAAAGUUGUACUGCUUGAUAAUCGAGUGAUUCCAUUUUACUGGUACAGAACUUACUAAUUUAGGAAAUACUUGGAGAAAAAGACAAGAUGGAGCACUGCUAACUGGAAUUAUCGCUAAUCAAGUCCUCUUCCAUGAUGAGCCAUUUGUUCUUCCCUUGGUCAGAAGUUUGUGUCUGAUCAUAUGACUUUGUCAUUUCAGUAGGUUGGAUGUUGAAUUGUUAUUGAAUUUUAUUUGCUCUGAAAAAAACUAUUGUUCUGUCUGUAUUUCAGCUGGCCUGCUUACACCCAUCCCAACCCCUGGGGUCUCACCGACUGGACCAACCCAGGAAGCUGCUUCUAAACCACAAGUAGUUAAAGUUCCCAACCCUUUGCCACUCCCCCUAGUAACAACUGCAUCACUUACUCCUGAAACAUCUCCAUUGGGAGUGCUUUCACCGGCUGCCACUACUGCUGCUGUUUCCAUGGCAAUGAAUGGCGCCAAGCGAACACUUAGCACAACUCAAGCCCCAGCAAGUACCGAUAAUGAACCAGAUAUCAAACGCCAAAAAUUGGUGCAACAGCAAAAUGUUGUAUGGCAAAACAGACCUAUAGAGAGUAAUAACCAAGAGAAACUCUAGCAUUUAGAAACGCAUUAACCUACCAAUGUUAAACCAGGUUAUACUGGUGACUGGUUGUGAAUAAUACAGAGUGACUGUAUGCAGUUUGUAGUUACAGAAGGAAAGAAAACAAGGUUAGACUAGUUUCUGCAGAGGUGCAUAAAGCAUGAAAUGCUUCAGUCUACAUUCAUGUAUCAAGUCACCUGAUAGAAAACACUGGAUUCUAUAUGUACAAAAGUGCUUUGAUGUCAUCAUUGUCCAUUCACACUUUCGUGGUAUAGUGUCCUAGACUAUACCUCUCUAUGUUCAGAGGUUGGAGAGACUGCAGGAAUUUGGCUAAUGCUUGCUAGUGGUGAAUAUGUACAUCGUACAGUCUACCAGUAGUGAAGCAACAUGGACAAUCAAAACAGUCACAUCACAGCAUUGAACAUGACUGUAAACAUGAUUCCACUGGCAAACGUAACAAGCUGCCUAAAGUGCAGAGCUGUGCAGGCAGGUCAAAAACUAUGGUUGACUUACUGUUGCAGAUAAAUUGGAGAGCUAUUGUUGUUACCAGACUAAUGACACUACAGAUUAUGCUGGAAUAUGCAGACACAUUGACAUUAUAAGCAAGAUGUUAUUUUAUGGAGAAAGUAGGCUGGAUCUACACUGCUGAAUGGAGAAAUUGGUGCUCCUAUGGGUAUGAUUAUAUAAAAUGUGUAUACAGUUGCCUCAAAAUGUAGAAGGGUUUAGUAUGCGUUGUUAAAUGUACUGUAAACUAACAGCGCAAGGGGAAAUGUUAAAAGGUGUUGGAAAUAACUAGCCUUGGCAAACACCUCUCUCACUCAAGAUGUGUUAGCAACAUUAUUUUUGGUCACAUGCAAGUAAGCAAAUGGCUCUUCAGUUAACGUAUGGCUUUGAACUGAGGUGGCUAAUACUUAGCAGAUGCAGAGGGAAUGUACAGGAACAAGCGGUAAUUCGCCUUAUUGAGAAGACAAUUUCAUUUGUUGAGUUAAUUAUUUCUAAGCUUAUGACUCUAAAAUCAUUAUUUGAAAGUAAAGGUCAGUUAAGAAUUUUUUUUUGGAAACUUCAAUUUCUUACUAUGCCCAAUGUUUGUGAUAUCUUUUCUUUUUCAAAAAUAAUAUUGUAUAAUGUAAUUUUGAAAUAUCAAUUUACAUACCAGCAAAGGCACAAAAAUCAAUAAUUAUCGUCAUUUUUCUUUCAAAAAUAGCAGCCCAAACCUUUUCCUCGACUAUAAGAUAUACGUGUUAGACAAUCCAUAUAAAAUGAACUGUGCCCCUUAUUUCAAGUGAUUCCACAAAUCUCUAAACUUUUUUUUCUCAAAAACUAAUUCUUUCCUUAGAAAAACUUAACCUGUGCAUUUGACAUAGUUACAAGUAAAAGACGAAGAUCUAAUUAAACAGAUCAUUAUGUUUUUAUUUUAAAUUAUUAUAAGUCAUAGUUUGAUUCAUUAUAUCUCAUUAAAACAUGGUUAUGAUAUGCUUGACAUGCAAAUUUAGUUGGAGGCUGCAGUGACAAAAGUUGAUUUCAUGUACUGACUAAGGUUAUAUCAUAGUUUUUAGAAGCAUAGGUUACAUUUUUGUGUACCAAUAUGUCGUUAUUGAAUGUUAGAAGGGUGCAAUAAGAACGUAGAGAGGGUAUUAGUAAUUAUUAGUAAUUUUAUUACUUAUGCACCCCCUAGAGGCGAAUCUUUGUUUACAUAUUUUUACCUCAUUGGCAUGUGCAUUUUGUCCUGUGAUUAAAACAAACUCUCUGAGUAUUGAAAGAGUGCAAGAAUUUCAGUUAUCUGUGAAAGUUUUGAGCCCAGUGUCCCAAUAUUUUAUCUUUGAAAAACUCAAAACUUUAUAAAGAAUGUACAUGUAUGCGGGCUCAUUACAAUUUGGCCCCCCAGCAAUCUGCAUAGUUUUCGAUGGCUGCUAUUUCCUUUGUUAUUGCUUGCAAAGAGCUGAAAAUUGUACAAAUUGUUCAAAUUAACCAACUCUUUCAACUUUCACACCUUCUAUGGGUUAAGUCAUAUGCUAAUGAGCAAAAAUGCAGACAUUGAUGUCAGCAAAGUUUCGCCUAAAACCUUCCAUAGAUAGAGAUCUUGCAAAUCUCUUAUAUUUAGCAUGAGAGGAAGGAAGAGUGGUGUGUCAAAAACCCUUGCUUCAACCAAUCAGAAUCACGACCUGUCUUGGUUGUGACUUGUCAUCAGUAUGGAAUUUCUGUAGUUGUUCCCCAGGCCUCAUUCCACACCAAAAGCAGUCAGUGGUGGAACAGCGAAAUUUCAGUUGUUUUCUCAGGCUUUCAACCUGUCUAUAAUAACAAUAAUAUUGAUUAUUAGAUUAUCAAAAAGGUUUUUCACCUGCUCCGGCAAAGACAUUCAAUCUAGAAAAUCAUUAUUGCGAUUUUUGUUUUUGCUGAGACCUGUCUGUUUUGGGAGUUGUUUGUCAAGGAUGGUUCAAUUUCUUUUAAAUGAACAUCAGCUUAUCAUGGUUUACCCUUUAAUCCCCAAUGGAGACAAAUUUCUUGUACAUUUCUUUCUUUAUACUACUACAUGAGAAAUUUCUGCAAUUUGAUUGGCUUAGAGCAGUGGUAUUUCAGCUUACUUUGAAAUACCUACAUGUGAAUAUUACAACCUUUUGCGGGUAGUAGUAUAAACAAAUAAUAGCAUGAUUUGUACGUGAUAUUUGGCAUAAAUACCACUCGUGAUGUUUCAAAAUUGUCUCAAAUUACGUCUAACAAUUUUGAAAUAUCACUCGUGGUAUUCAUGCCAAAUAUCACUACUAAUCAUGCUAUUACCUAUACUAAUUCGGUCAUUUAGAGAUUAAAUGGGACAGUGUUAUGUUUUUGGUAUUCUUCGAAAAUCCAAAGCUAACUUAAUAAUUAACUCUGGCAAAUGAGGUAUGAUGGCCAAAUUGAAAUUUUAAAAUGGAUUAUUAUUUUAGAGUAGAGAAACCGGCCUUUAUAAAAUAGACUGAAAGUCAUGUUUCAUGAAAGAUAGGGCUUUCACAGGUUAGGGUGUCAGUCAAACUAAGAUUUAACUUCAGAUUCUCUUAUAAUAAGAGUGAGUUUUACUCGGAGCUUUGUGUGCAACUCAUUCUCAAAAAAAUGUCAGUCUAUUAGCAAUGUCUAAAAUGUAAUACCUGAGGAAAUUGCAUCUAUUUAUUAAAGACCUUGUUGUCCCACAUUUUCUUAAAAUCUUAGUUUGCAAGUGCCUUAUAGUAGAAAACAAUUUUAUGUAAAGAAGAAAAUGAAGCAAACUGCAAAGAUUUGUCCCUUUUAGUCUUCUAAGAUGGCAAGUUAUACUUAUUUGAACUUAGGUUUUGUAGGCAUUGUUCCAUGGAGGAAAAAAGUGCAACUGCCCAGCAGUAACGGUGUGAUUAAUGACUUACGAGCGCUAGUCUUGGAUGCCUGCAGUUUCUGUAAAAUUUAAACAACAGAUUGUGCAUUUCGUUUUUAUUGUUAGAAGUCUGGCUAAAUUUCCAUAAAGUACUUAAAACCAAUCUUGAUCAUUCUCUGUGCAGUUUGCAGUUUGUUUUUUGCUUUGCAUUUGAGUGAUAACAUUAAUGAGUACCUCAGUCUCAAUUUCAUAAAAUUCUGUGUAGACAACUCCCGAUUUGUGGGUGCACUGAAAAAUUUGAUAAUAGUAAUUUAUUGAAAGAAUUUGUUUGCAAGAUGCAUACAAGGUUUUCUGCAGGCUUUUGAGGGCAUGAGUGGUUUGAAUGGUAAAUUAUUUUAAAAGCUUGGCCUGUCUUGAAAAUGUGUGCAGCUGAUAAAACUGGACAUUAAAGUAACCUUUUGAAGGUGAAAUG